GAAGAGGGGGGGGGGAUAUAGGAGGAGGGAGCCCUCUGGGCAGUAAAAUGGCGCCUGUCAGAGUGGGAAAACCAGCUGCAGAGGCUGCAGCCCUGCUCCUCAGCGGCUAGGAGACCCCCGGCCUCGGGGAGGGGGAGGCCACCUCGGCCCAGCGCUCCGUGCCUUGCGGCUCCCCCUCCCCCUUCCUCGCUCCAGUGCUCCGCCAGCUCGUUCUCUGCCGUCGAGGCCUUUCGCGCGCCGCUAGCCCCCACCCGCCCCUUUCCCGAGGGCAGCUCCCUAGCGCGCCUGCGCAGCGGGCCACCCUCCACUUCCCCCUCCUCCCCUCCCCCUCCAUCCCUGACCCCCUCCCCCACAACCCCUUCCCCCCCAAUUCUCUAUACCCCUUCCCUCCUGGUCUCCGAGGACCCCAUCCUAGCCUGAUCUGUCUCUGCCAGAAACCUCCGUGAAGGCGCCUUUGCUACCCCCCGUCCAUGUGGGCCCCCGCGGGCUGCCCACGCCUGUCCCCCAGCUCCCGAUUCCGCUGGGCUUUUCCCUCGCCGGGGGUGGCUCUGUGAGCCGCCCGCUUGGUGCCAAUCGCUGCAGCCUCUCCUGCCACUCGGGGCCCCCGUUCUCCCUCCCGGAGGCGGGGGGCUGCCCCCGGGGGGCUGGCGGAGCUGGGCCGCGGGGGCCCCGGGGCCGGCGGUGCCGGGGUCAUCGGGAUGAUGCGGACGCAGUGUCUGCUGGGGCUGCGCACGUUCGUGGCCUUCGCCGCCAAGCUCUGGAGCUUCUUCAUUUACCUUUUACGGAGGCAGAUCCGCACGGUAAUUCAGUACCAAACUGUCCGAUAUGAUAUCCUCCCCUUAUCUCCUGUGUCCCGGAAUAGGCUAGCCCAGGUGAAGAGGAAGAUCCUGGUGCUGGAUCUGGAUGAGACACUUAUUCACUCUCAUCAUGAUGGGGUCCUGAGGCCUACAGUGCGGCCUGGAACACCUCCUGACUUUAUCCUCAAGGUGGUAAUUGACAAACAUCCUGUCCGGUUUUUUGUUCAUAAGAGACCUCACGUGGAUUUCUUCUUAGAAGUGGUAAGCCAGUGGUAUGAGCUUGUGGUAUUUACAGCAAGCAUGGAGAUUUACGGCUCUGCAGUGGCAGACAAAUUGGACAACAGCAGAAGCAUUCUUAAGAGGAGAUACUAUAGACAGCACUGCACUUUGGAGUUGGGCAGCUACAUCAAGGACCUCUCUGUAGUCCACAGUGACCUCUCCAGCAUUGUGAUCCUAGAUAACUCCCCAGGGGCUUAUAGGAGCCAUCCAGACAACGCUAUCCCGAUCAAAUCCUGGUUCAGUGACCCUAGUGACACGGCCCUUCUUAACCUGCUCCCAAUGCUGGAUGCCCUCAGGUUCACCGCUGAUGUCCGUUCCGUGCUGAGCCGAAACCUUCACCAACAUAGGCUCUGGUGACAGCUGCUCCCCCUCCACCUGCAUUGGGGUGGGGGGGAAAGGGAGGGCCAGCCCUUGGGAUGCCUUCAGUUGCUUUGUCCAAUGUGAGGACUGCCUGGGCAGGGUCUACCCCUCCCAUCCCUCUCUGCCUUGGGAGCCCUACACUCCACUUGGAGUCUGGAUGGACACAUGGGCCAGACUGAGAAGCAGCCUCACUCUAACUUCCUGUUCACACUCCAUGGAAAUCCCAGACUGGGACAGGUGGAAGCCUUGGAGAGCUGAAACAGUAUCUGUUGGAGAGGCAGGACUGGCCAGAGUGAGAGACAUACAUACAGUGAUCCUGGAGGCUUAAAGAGAAGCCAAGUCAGCUUUGUUGUGAUUUGAUUUUUUAAAAAUUCUUGUACAAAACUGAUCUAAUUCUUCACUCCUGCUCCAAGGGCUAUGGGUGGGAGAUUGGGAUUUUGGGCCACUGGAUCUUCCUCAAACUUGUCCUUCCCUCAGUUUUUCUUUCUCUAGAAUCCCCAAUACCUGUAACCAACUUUCUCUCCCCACCCCUUUCCUUCUCUUUUAAACCAUGCAUUAUAACUUUGAAACCAAA